GCUCGCGCGCCGCCUGAGCGUCAGUGAGUCGUGCCUAACCCUGCACCGCUCGAGCUCCGCGGGGGCGUCGACCGCCUCCUGCCUUUAGGGAUAUUUGGAAAGACUUUGGAUUAUUCUUUAAUCCGCUUUUCCCGUGCGUAAAUGCGCGUAAAAAAUAGACUGGAUCCUAUUUUGUGGUUAACAUGCAAAUAUCAUGAAAAUGCAUACAGAGGAUGGGAACAGCACGAUUAUUUCAACUGAAAAUUGAAAUCUAAGCAAUCAUAAUCCUAAUCCUAAUCAAUACUUUAUUCUCAAAUUCUUCUGGAGAUGAAAAACGGCUGUUUGGAAACGCGUCUCGCGCGCGCGCCGCUCCCGGUCACUCGAGAUCCCGCCGAUCGCGCGGAGCCAAACUUCCCCGCGUGCUGGACAUUACCGGAAGCGCGAGCCAACCGGCGCUGGACGCGGAGCAGGAGACGGGAGCGCGGACGCGGACGCGGACGCCGUCUUUUUCCCGAGCGCGUCGAGAGCAGCAGGCUGCGUUGAGGGAUGCCGGCUCCGGGGAUUUGGGAUGCGCUGGGCAGGUCGGUGCUGCUUCUGUUGCUCGCGCCGGGCGCUUUGGUGCUCAUUUUGACGCCCGCGUGCCUCCUCGCGCACCCGCAGCCAUGUCAGAUCCUGAAGCGGAUCGGGCACACGGUGCGAGUCGGAGCUGUGCAUCUUCAGCCCCGCGCUGUGACACACAGCUCCCUCAGGAGGAAAGGACUCGAGUGGGACUGGGACGCGGACAGAGAAACGGCCUGGGAACAGCUCGAGUUAGUCAGGAAAAGUGUAAGUGAACAGGGCGCGAGGGCUGUUAGGACUAAAGGCUCUACUACAAAACAACAGAAAGGAGCGAAAAACGUGCACAAACACGUCGAGAGCGCGUUUCUACCCAGAGACUCCAUACUCCUGGCCGCGGAGACGCUAAACCGGUUACCGAACCUGUUACCCUACAACCUGUCGCUGGAGAUAGUCAUAGCUGUGGAAAUAGGCCUCGGAGAGCUGCCGGCUUUCUCCUUCUCCUCUUCACCUCCACCUGUGCGUUCCGACCCCAUGUCGUUCCUGCAGAGUGUGUGUCACACGGUCGUGGUUCAGGGCGUUUCAGCCAUCAUGGCGUUUCCUGAGAACAGAGACGAGUUCAUCAAGCUGGAGUUCGUGUCCUCCUCGCUGCACAUUCCGGUCAUCAGCGUCGUUCAGCACGAGUUCAAGCGCCAGAGCCGGAACUCGCUCCAUUUCCAGAUGGCCAUGCAGAAUCCCCAGACUCCUCAGGCAGACUUAAUCUACUCUCUCCUUUCCAUUAAUAAUUGGUACGAUGUGAGCCUGCUGAUGUGCCAGGAGCAGAAUAUUUCCCAGUUCAUCUUUCUGCUUCGCAACAACUCAAAAUUUCACCUGGGUUCCAUAGUCAACAUUUCCACCAACAUCAGCAGCAAAAGUGACUUUCAGACAUCCCUGCAGAGCCACAUGACCUCCAUCAAGGACAUAACGUCCACCAUUGUGACUUUUGGAUGUGAUAUUCGGGACAUAAAGAGGAUCUUUAUAACCAUAGCAAAGCUUGGUUUGGUGCUGCCACACUACCACUGGAUUAUAGGGGACUCACAGAAUGUGGAGGUGUUAAGGACCGAGGGGCUUCCAAUGGGCCUUAUGGCGCAUGGGCAAAUGAGGCAGCCUGCUCUGGAUCACUACAGGGCCGUUGGAUCAGCUGCCACUGUGUCUCCAGAGCUGGCUCUUAUCCCUGGCAUCACAAACUGCAUGGUGAUUGAGGAUAAAAAUCUCACCUCAGGAAAAUAUCUGUCCAGGUUCAUGGCCAACACAUCAUUUGAUGGGCUAAGUGGAUACAUUCAUGUUCAGGAUGGAUCUACCAUUAUCUCCGAAAGCCAUCACUUUAUUUGGAAUCUGCAGCAUGAUCCAUUAGGGAACCCUGCAUGGACGCGACUUGGUAGCUGGAAGCAGGGUAAAGUGGUACUGGACUAUGGAGUUUGGCCUAGCAAGAAACGUUCACACCCAGGUGGUGAUUGGAGGCAUUCGUCCAAGUUGCAUCUGCGGGUAGUGACACUGGUAGAGCAUCCCUUUGUAUUCACGCGAGAGGUGGAUGACGAUGGUCAGUGCCCAGCAGGGCAGCUGUGCCUCGACCCACUCACCAACGACACAGCGCUUCUUGAUGCCCUCUUCCAUGGCCUGCAGUCUGGCAACAGCACAGUGCCCACCGAGCUCAAGAAGUGCUGCUAUGGCUACUGCAUAGACCUGCUGGAGAAGCUGGCUGAGGAUGUGGGUUUUGACUUCGACCUCUAUAUUGUAGGAGACGGAAAGUACGGUGCCUACAAGAAUGGCCGCUGGACAGGCUUGGUGGGUGACCUGCUGAGUGGCGCCGCACAACUGGCAGUCACUUCAUUUAGCAUUAACUCAGCUCGCAGUCAGGUUAUCGACUUCACCAGUCCCUUCUUCUCCACCAGCCUGGGCAUCUUGGUGAGGACAAGAGACACGGCAGCACCCAUUGGCGCCUUCAUGUGGCCAUUACACUGGAGCAUGUGGCUGGGCAUCUUUGCAUCUCUCCAUGUUACAGCUGUAUUCCUUACCCUGUAUGAGUGGAAGAGUCCAUUUGGGAUGACACCCAAAGGCCGAAACAGGGAUCGUGUCUUCUCCUUCUCUUCAGCACUCAAUGUUUGCUAUGCCAUAUUAUUCGGCAGGACAGCUGCCAUCAAACCACCCAAGUGCUGGACAGGCCGCUUUCUAAUGAACCUUUGGGCCAUAUUCUGUCUGUUUUGUCUCUCAACGUACACAGCCAAUCUGGCUGCCGUGAUGGUGGGGGAAAAGACGUAUGAGCAGCUUUCAGGUAUACACGACCCCAAGCUCCAUCAUCCAUCGCAGGGUUUUCGAUUCGGAACUGUACGGGAGAGCAGUGCUGAGGAUUACGUGAAAAAAAGUUUUCCAGAGAUGCAUGAAUACAUGAGGCGAUAUAAUGUUCCUACAACACCUGAUGGAAUAGACCACCUUAAGGAUGAUCCUCAAAAACUAGAUGCUUUUAUUAUGGACAAAGCCCUCUUAGACUAUGAAGUGUCCAUUGAUGCUGAUUGUAAAACUCUCACGGUGGGGAAACCGUUUGCAAUUGAAGGCUAUGGCAUUGGACUCAAACAGAAUUCGCCUCUGACUUCAAAUAUCUCUGAGCUGGUUAGCCAGUACAAGUCAGAUGGAUUUAUGGACAUGCUGCAUGAUAAGUGGUACAAAGUGGUGCCCUGUGGGAAAAGAAGUUUUGCUGUGACAGAGACUUUACAGAUGGGGAUUAAACAUUUCUCAGGGUUAUUUGUAAUGCUGUGCAUAGGAGUGACUUUGUCUCUCCUCACCACUAUUGCUGAACACGUUGUCCAUCGCUGGGUGAUACCCAAGAUGCAGAACAAGCCACAGUACUGGCUUCAUACAAGUCAAAGAUUGCAUCGAGCACUUAACCCAAACUUCAAUGAAGACAAAUUAUCAACUGUUGCAAAACCAGAAAAAAGGUGCAACAUUGGGAACAACCAGCAAAAUCUCUGGAACGUCUGUGAAAGCUCCGUUUGCCCACGUCGUCGCCUUUCCAACCAAGAGGAGCAGCAGAACAAUCUGGAGUGUUUACAGUGUAAAGAGCUCCCUCCUCCUCCUCCUGUUCCUCCUCCUCCUCCUCAGCUGAAGAGACAGCUUCCUCUGCAGUCAAAUGGGAAAACGGACCUACUGGGCCUGGCACACAACCCCAUAGUGCAGGAGCUGACUGACCUGGAGACCCACAUUCAGAUCAUCAAACAGCAGCUGCAGCUGGCCAUGAAGAAGAAAAAGGAGCUGGAACAGUACCAGAGAACCAGCAUGGCACCCGAGUCCUAGAGAAGUAUCUGGUGCUGUUUUUGAAACAUCUGUGACUCUGCGAAGUUUUAACAAUGGAUUAUUUUGCUUCCUAAUUCGAAGCUCUUCAUGUUCCUCUGCACAUAUUUUUAAAAGAGCAUUGUAUUUUUCUCUGUUAUUUAUUUUUCUCUUUUUGAAUGCUCUUCUUAGCAUUUCUCUGGACCAGUUGUUAUAAAGGAUGUGAAAGGAUGGACAAAGCAGUGAGAAAUUUGGAUACAAAUCCUUUCUCUAAGCUCUAAUUUAUCUGGAACUGUGUGUGCGCGUGUGUGUGUGUGUGUGUUUGUGAAACUGCAACGGGCAGCGUGACAGUGCAAGGGGAAAAGCGCUCUGUGCAUCAGAGCGAUAGUUAUUUAUUUAAGGUGUCAGAUUGUGAUGUAUGAUAGCACCUCCGGCAUAUCAAUAUAAAGCACUAAACCGUUUUAUAUAAGGAAGCAUGAAUGCUGUCUCUCGGGCUGCAACAAGAAGAGUCUUCACCAUGAACUGUGAAACGAUUCUGAAUCUCUUAAUUAAAACCAGCUUGGAAUACAUUAAGAUCUCAGAGGCUCAAUCCCAUCAUUCAUUUGCACUACACUUGGUCUGGGUGGAUUUAUUUGGAUUCCAAGGUACAUUCUGUUGGCAGGUUUUACUAAAGUGAAACACAGAGACCACAUACUGUACAUUGGGUCAUUUUAUUUCAGGAUUUAUGAUUUUAUAUACAAAAGUGAUGGUUAAAAGAGAUUUAACUAAAAUUUCAUAACAAUUCACGAUGUCCCAGAUGAAACCGAAAUUCUGGCCAUACUGUGCAAGCCGAAAAGAACAGUUGGUCAUCCAUUCCAACGAAUUCCAUUAUUUUUCUAGUUUUACUUGGCUCUUUGUCACUGUCGUUUGUGAAUUUUUUCAUCAAUCCAAAAACUGGCUACAGAUGCUAGUAGGUACUGAUCUUUAGCAGGUUAUUCUGUAUUCUGUGUAUUGAUGGGAUUGGGAUGGGAUUGAGGGGUAUUAGACAAGCGACAUUAAUCUUAUAAAUAUCACUUGUCUAAUGCUCUUUGUAGAAAACGUGAGAUGCUUCCACAUGGCCAGUAUUUUUACUGUUGAUCUGCUGCUGCUCGAACAGUUGAAUAUGUAGGUAUAGGAGAAUAAAGGAAAGAGUGUUUUUAACCACUUUCUAAUCAUUAUUAAGGGUGGCAUAGUGGUGCAGCAGGUAGCAUUGCUGCCUCACAUCUUCAGGAUCCCCAGUUGGUAUUGUGUGUGCAGAGUUUUGCA